AAUAAACAAGCUAGUCCAUCUGAUUGGCAAAGAGUUUACAUGAACAAAAUUGUAUAAACUAUUUUGAGGAGAAUUGAUCGUUUCGUAAACCACCUCAGCAUAUACUCAGCAGAUUCAUAAGCUGCUCAUAUCGACAAGAGACUAUUUAAUGAAAAAUUAUACCAAGCUAGCAUUCGAGGCAUAUCGAAACUGAAGAAGUUUGAUCAUGUGUAAUGUAAUAUCUCGCAGACGUUAACGAGUGCGCAAAACAAAAUGGCGGUUGCUCUCACAAGUGCAUCAACACGGAAGGCAGCUACACCUGCUCGUGCCCGGACCCCGAGCUGACUUUGGCACCAGAUCGCCGGAAUUGUGUAGGUAUACAAAAAAAAACCCACAAUUCUCCAUUUCUAAGACGAAUUUGAUAUUUAAAAGAUAGGAACAAUUUCUGGCCUAUUUCUUAUGUCAUUUCUAUUCGGAAAGGAGCCAAUCUUUCUUUGCAUUUUCUAUUUUUUUCUUUGUUUCUUGCAGCCUCGGGUGUCUCCGUAGAUUGCCUCCAAAACGACAUGUCAAUCACUCUGCCCAAGACACUCCUCCUGGGUUUAAACCGUGAGCAUGUCACGCUACGAAAUGUGAACUGCGUUGCCAAAGAAACACCGACGCACUACACCCUUAAGACUGCACUUACGGGUUGCGGCACUACCGUCAGACAUAGGAAAGGUGCUGUGAUCUACAGCAACACUGUCUUGGAAAUUCCAGUCCAAGAAGAUGCCAUUAUAACAAGGGUCCGCGAGAUUGAGAUUCCCUUCAGCUGUUAUUACAAGAACUCUGGUGAUGCGACUGCUGUUGGAGUCAAACCUGAUACCAGGAAAUUAGUCUUUGACGAAGAUGGGAAAGGAAAUUUUACAGUUGCCCUGGGCAUGUUCAAAGAUAACAACUUACUAUGUCCUUUGCGAUUGGCUGGAGUGACUGCUAGUUCUGGUUUUACGCGCGAAAUAGAAAACCACUGUUUUUAUUUAAUUUUAAUCGUAUUUUCUUUUAUUUUAUUCAGGUUUAUAGCAGCCUAUAGCCAAAGUGAUUACCCCCUGCAAGUCAAACUAAGGCAGGAUCUGUACUUCCAAGCCUCAGUGAAAUCCAAUGACAGACCUCUUUCAGUUUUAGCCGAGCAAUGUUAUGCAACGCCCUCUCAGGAUCGAACUUACGCUACAAAAUAUAACCUGAUCAGAGACGGGUGAGUUUUAACUUAAAAUUUGUUUCAAGGCAGAAAGUUUCUUUAAAAUGGGCUUGUGAUUAAGCGAUCCAAAACGUACGCAUGCGAGCAAAUCUUUCUUUAGCUCAGAAUUUUAACAUAACCUCUUCGAUCGAUUUUAAUCGUACAACUUAUAAAAUCCAAAUCCUGCUUAAACUUUUCUUUCUUCAGUA